UGAGCAGCAAGCAAACGGGAGGCGAGCUACGAUGCUCUCCGCUUUCAUCAGCCGGGGAGAGAAUAAUAACGGAAGGCGAGGUGAGGCUCUGGUUUCCCGAGACGGACAUCUUAGCACCGAGUAGACAAAAGAGAAGCCGUGAGAGACCUGUGUGAGUGAGUGUUUCCUGUGUGCCGGGGGCCGCUGCUGUAGAGCCGGGCCAGACAGGACAGGGCGGGGUGAUGUUUAGGUUCCGGUAUAAAGCCAGCGAGAAAAUGAGAACCAGACGAGAUGUGGAGCCGGCUGCCGACGCUGUCGUGUUCAACGGGAGACUAGAAUGAGAAGUUUACCGUCCUGGUGGAACAGGGCGGCCGUGUAACCGUCUGGAGAGGCCGCUGGAGGGGGAGAAGCGUGUCUCUGCGGCGCCCCUCCGCCCCUCGUAUGUCAAUAAGAUGAGGACGCUAUUCACAUUCUGUUGUCUCUUCCUUAUUACCCACGGAGCGCACCGGGCGUGGGCCACCGGAAACCUGACAGUCGACAGCAGCAACGACACCAACCUGACGGCCGACAGCAGCAGCAGGUAUAUCAGAAUCGGAGACGGCUCAUCGCAGGAAUUUGAGUUUCCUGAAAACACCAACGGCGUGAUUGUAAUUUCCAGCCAGUACCGGAGCGCCGCCAGCAGGAAGGGCCGCCAGAGCUGGAAGCAGACGGUGAGAGUCCGCUCCCUGGACCCGGACGUCCUCUCCAUCCUUAAUGUAACGGACAGCGGCCACGCAGGACCAGCCAAGAGCUACAUUAUCAGCAUCCGCUCCGGGUUCCCAGGCAGGGCUCAGCUGCAGAUCCAGCUGCUGGACCUGGACCAGGAUUCGGUUCCGGUUCUGAUCGAGGAGAGAACGGAUUACUCCAUCAGAGUGGCGCCAGGUAGUGAUGACCCGGCCGCCCGGCUCGUCCAGUCGGGUGGCCUGUCCCAUUUUUCUGAGAACCCUGUGCUGUUUGCCUUGCUGCCCCUCAUCUUCGUCAACAAGUGUGCCUUCGGGUGCAAGGUGGAGGUGGAGGUGCUGCGGGGUCUGCUGAGGAGCCCCGUGCCACUGCUCUUAGGGGUUCUGGGUCAGUUCCUGGUGAUGCCAUUGUAUGCCUACUGUGUAUCCCAGCUGGCCUCGCUGCCCAAACCGCUCUCCCUGGGCCUGGUCAUCACCUGCUCUGCCCCAGGUGGUGGGGGCGGCUACCUGUACAGCCUGCUGCUCGGCGGAGACGUCACCCUGGCUAUCUCCAUGACCUUGGUCUCCACCGUGGUGGCAACAGCAGCCAUGCCUUUAUCAUCAGCCCUGUAUGGUCGGCUGCUGGGUGUGCAUGCUGCCCUGCACGUGCCAUUUGUGAAGAUCCUUGGCACCCUCCUGUUCAUUGCCAUCCCCAUCUCGCUGGGCAUGCUGGUCAAGCUGCGCCUGCCCGCCCUCACACGCGUCCUGCUGGCACUCAUAAGACCGUUCAGCUUUGUGCUCAUCGUGGGUGGCAUCUUCAUGGCCUACCAAAUGGGUGCAUUCAUCCUGGCUAACGUCAGGCCACAGAUUGUGGCAGUUGGGGUGACGGUGCCUUUGCUGGGGCUGAUGGUUGGAGCCAUCCUGGCCAAGCUGGUGGGCCUGGCCCCACCGCAGAGGAAGACGGUCAGCAUUGAGGUAGGCGUCCAGAACAGUCUUCUUGCACUCGCUGUCAUGCAGCUGUCCUUCCGCCGGGCAGAGGCCGACUUUGCGUCCCAGGCGCCCUUCAUCGUGGCCCUCAGCAGCACCUCGGAGAUGCUGCUCAUCGUUCUGGGGUACUUUGCCCAGCGGAGGUUGUGUGGGUCUGCCAUCACCAGGAGUGACGCCUGAUUGUAGCUGCAUUUUUUUUUCUGAACUUUUUGAAGAAUGAACCCUUUCAGACCUGUGGAAUUUUUGUGUCCCACAAUCUUGGCUACAAGACCUCCAACAAUUACAAAUCCAGUAAUCACCUUUGUGGUGCACGGGACAGUGAAUGGACUUUUGUGUUUUGUCAUUGUUUUCGUAUUUUUCAUGAAAACCAAAGGCCUUUUACCCUGCUGAGACCUUUUUGUGUUUAUUUUACAGUAUGUACUUUUUAAAAUCAGAUUAUACUGUGAGGUACUUCAUGUAAAUAUUCCUAAGAAGAGAAAUACCUAUUAAAAAGAUAUUUUUGUACCAGAUUACUUUUUGUAAUCAAAAAGCAAAGAUUGAUUUGCAUCAUGUUUACAAGAGGUCCAUGUGUCUUAGCCUGGGGAGAAUUUUGAGGGUUAAGUGGAAUCGUCGGUUAAUCAAACAGGAACAUGAUGAUGUUUUGAAAGUAUUUGCUACUGAUUGUGUUCCCUGGAUCUGCGAAUCCAUGUACUUGAAUAUUUGAGAGGAGAGAUGAAGAAGAAGUCAAUAAAACCAUUGUUAAAGCAGGCUUCAGUUUGUCAAGAGUAUGU